UUUUUCUUUAUGUUUUCUCCUUGUCUAUGUUAGGGACAGUCUAGUUGAUUCUUAUCUCACGAACGUUACAGGGAUCAAGAUGAUCCUUUCUGAACUUGCUAACCCACUGAAUAAAUGUGGAGGAGCUACUCUACUAUAUCAUGUUAUGAUCAGGGAUGCUUCUGAGAAAAGUCUCCAUUCCAAAGCUGGGAAAGCUUUGAGUUUCUUGCUGAAAGAUUCAACAUUGUCCUCUUGUGAUGAUUUUCCUCAGGGUUCUGGUAGUACAGUAGAAGCUGUGAGUUCAGCUUUGCAAAGAAUAUGCGAGGAAACUAAAGCAGAAGAAUUAACCGUUAUGUGGGACUGCUUGUAUAAACAAAAGCUCAGCUCAUUUGACCCGACUCUUGACACUGCUUACUUCAGCUGUUAGGGUUGGGAAAGGUCUCAAAGUUUGUGGUGAGUUAUUUCUUAUUAAGCACGCAUGAAAACAUAGGUUUGUUUUGCCAUUUUAACUCCUUGUCAAUGUGUAAUAGAUUACCGAUAUUUGGUUGGACUUGUGAGCCAGAUUGUGCCAACUUUUAUGGAUUCCUCUGAUGUUCUCAGUAAAUUUCUGGGACUGAUGUUAUGCACCAUUGACAUA